UGAGGAUGCGCGCGCAGCUUUCUACCGACCUGUUUUUCAUUUAGCAAGUGUUGACCAAUUUGGUGAGUGCCAGAGCUAGCACUGCAGACAGUAUGCAGUCAAAACGGCCCCGUGAUGAAACAGACCAGAACAUCAAAAUGGGUACACGUGUGUUUAUUGGAAGACUUUCAUACCAUGCACGAGAAAAAGAUGUAGAAAGAUUUUUUCGAGGCUAUGGAAGAAUCAGGGAUGUGAUGCUAAAGAAUGGAUACGGAUUUGUGGAAUUUGAAGAUUAUAGAGAUGCAGAUGAUGCAGUGUAUGAGUUAAAUGGAAAAGACCUUUGUGGAGAACGUGUGGUAGUUGAGCAUGCUCGAGGACCAAGAGGAGAAGAUUCUUUCCGAGACCGAGAUAGGGGAGGUUAUGGACGAAGGCGUGGAGGAGGAGGUGGUGGUGGUGGUGGUGGUGGUGGAGGGGGAGGAGGAGGCGGAGGAGGAGGUGGUUCAGGAUCAAGACGGAACAAGUAUGGUCCUCCAACAAGAACAGAAUAUCGUAUCAUUGUUGAAAAUUUAUCAUCUCGUGUCAGCUGGCAGGACUUGAAAGAUUACAUGCGACAAGCUGGAGAGGUUACUUACGCUGAUGCCCACAAGAAACACAGAAAUGAAGGAGUUGUUGAGUUUGCCACCUAUUCGGAUAUGAAGAAUGCCUAUGAAAAGUUGGAUGCCACUGAGAUCAAUGGAAGAAAAAUCAAACUAAUAGAAGACCGACCUAAAAGAAGAAGCCGAUCGUACUCUCGUAGCCAGAGUCGCAGCCGAUCUCGUUCUCGUAGCAGGAGAUCUAGAAGUCGAUCGCGAAGUCGCAGCAGAAGCCGAAGCAGUCGCAGUCGUAGUCGAAGCAGGAGUGCGUCACGAGACAAGAAAGAAACAAAAGAUAGGUCAAAGAGCAAGUCGCCAGUAAAGCAGAACUCCAAAUCACGAUCAAGAUCCCGAUCUAGGUCUCGAUCCUUCUCUCGUUCAAAGUCUCGCUCCCCAGUAAAAGAUGCUGUUGCUAAUGGGGAAGAAGCUCAGGAACAUGAGAAAGACGAUUGAGUAGGAGCAAAUUUGAAGACCUGAGUGAUAAAUGAAAGAUAAAAAAGUAAAUUCUCGUUCACUUUCAUGCCAAAUAAUUAGCAUAACUCAGUGCUAAUUAGGUGCAUCUGUAUCCAGAAAGUAAUAGUUAAUAACUGCUAUUACUGAAAGUUAAAAAUUAUUUGUAGACUCAAAACCUAUCAUAUGUGCAUUGUGUAUGCAUCUAAUUCCAUGCAUGUGUUAAGUAUUUUUGAUUUAGACCGCUUGUUGGAUGGUGUAGAUGUGUCUAUCAUUCAUACAUAAUGGGCAAUUUAUCAUUUUGUGGGUUUUUCAUCUGUUGUAUGUGUUUAAACCAUUGCAUUUCUUCAGUUUUGACUGAAGUAUUCCCAUGGUAUGCUGAUUCAUGCUAUAUAUUUUGACUGAUAAAUUGGUUAUAUUCAAGAUAUUGAUAACUUGAUUAAGGAUUGACUAACCUCAACAAUCAAAUGGCUACCUCGCUAUGUUUUAUUUUUAAGGUUUUAGAGAGAUUUUUUUUUUUUUUUUUUUUUUUAAUGACAAUUUUUUUUUCUCCCAUGAGAAAUAUACUUCGGUACUCUGUAAGUUGUUUAGUACUACUUAUUUUUAAAUCUGCAAAGCAACAUUUUUUUUUAUUAUUAUUUUUUUAAAAACAUUUUUAAUGUGUUAUUAGUCAAGAUUCCAGCAUUAUGUUAGUAACAUUUUAAAUUCGACUUUUACGUAUGUGUCACUGUGUAGCUUAGCAAUUACUCUGGAAUUGUCAUCCUUUCCAGCAUUGAUAAUUAGCAGCAACAUUAACCAGAUCAACUCAAAUUGUAAAUACUGAAUUUGUAAGUUGAUGGAUCAUGACAGCAUCAUGACAUUGGUUGUGUAUUGUGUGAUCUGUAUGAAGUUUUAAAAAUGGUUUUCUUAGUAACUUUCUCUUGUGUGGUGGUCUGCUCAUUUUGGACACUUCAUCACAAUCAUCAUUCAUGAUUUCAUGUGUUUUUGUCUCUUUGUAUAGUUCAUUUCUAGUGUGUGCACUGUAUUCAUGGACACCAAUAUGGUCAAUAAAUUUGCAAGAAAGUGUU